AUGAGCUGGCGUAAGGCCAGCGCCGCUGCUGCUAAUGAGAUAGCCCGCUACCGCAUGCAGCACCAAGGAGCUAUACGCAUGUCAGAGGUGAAGCGGCACAAGAGGGAGGACGAUGCUUGGACCGUGGUGCGAGGCAGAGUGUAUAACAUCACGCCCUACCUCGACUUUCACCCGGGAGGCAAGGCGAUUCUAAUGAAGGGCGCUGGCAAGGACUGCACGGCACUCUUCAACAAGUACCAUGCGUGGGUGAAUGCGGAGUUCCUAUUGGACCAUGCCUCUCCUUUCUCCUCUACUGCCCUCCCUCCCACAAACCCCCCACCAGACAAGUACCAUGCGUGGGUUAACGCGGAGUUCCUAUUGGACCAGUGCUUUCUGGGCAUGCUCAUUCCCGACGACUCAUGCUGA